AUAUUCACCACACUCCACACCAUGGCCGAAGUACAAUCACCACCCGCGCAAACCUCGCUUGCGACCCCCGAGGCUUCUCUAGAUCCCUCGACCAGUCUUGAACCAUCUACGUCUACAGAGCUCGCUCCCAUCAUCAGCGAACAGACCAUUAUCACCACAAAUGCCGAGGGCAAGAAAGUCAAAAAGAUCAUACGACGCAAGCGACGGCCGGCGCGGCCCCAAGUAGAUCCUGCAACGUUCAAAACCGAAGCGCCACCCGCAACAGGCACAAUAUUCAACAUCUGGUACAAUAAAUGGAGUGGCGGCGACAGAGAAGACAAAUACCUCAGCAAAACUGCCGCCCAGGGGCGCUGCAAUGUCGCAAAGGACAGCGGAUAUACCAAGGCUGAUAGAACGCCUGGCUCCUACUUCUGUCUCUUCUUCGCGCGCGGUAUCUGCCCCAAGGGCGUCGACUGCGAAUACCUGCACCGCCUGCCCACUGUUACCGAUAUCUUCCCCUCCAACAUCGACUGCUUCGGUCGCGACAAGCACUCCGACUACAGAGACGACAUGGGCGGCGUCGGCUCUUUCCAACGCCAAAACCGCACACUGUACAUUGGUCGCAUCCACCCCAACGACGACAUCGAAGAAGUCGUAGCCCGCCAUUUCCAAGAAUGGGGCCAAAUAGAACGGACUCGCGUCCUUACCGCCCGCGGCGUUGCCUUCGUAACCUACCUCAACGAAGCGAACUCGCAGUUCGCAAAAGAAGCAAUGGCGCACCAGUCGCUUGACAACAAUGAGAUCCUUAAUGUGCGCUGGGCAACUGUCGAUCCAAAUCCUGCAGCAGCUAAGAGAGAGGCUGCGCGCAUUGAGGAACAGGCUGCCGAGGCGAUUAGAAAGGCGCUGCCGGCGGCGUAUGUAGCGGAGAUUGAGGGCCGUGAUGGAGGAGAGGCGAAGAAGAGAAGGAAGAUCGAAGGGAACUUUGGGUUACAAGGUUAUGAGGCGCCAGACGAUGUGUGGUUUGCGAAGGAGAAGAGCGAAUGGGAGGCUGCUCGGGAAAUCGAGGCAGGUGGGAUUACACGGAGACAAAUGAUUGAGGCUGGGGAUGCGGAAGAAGAGUAUGCAUCGGGCGCGCUGGUACCGGCACAACAAGGAGGGAAUGGUAUACUAUCGAGCUCUACACUUGCAGCGCUCAGGGGUUAUACAGCUACGCCAUCGAACAAACGGGCAGCGCCCGUAGCAGGCCCAUUGGUUGGAUACGGUAGCGACGAUGAUAGCGACUGAGCUCAGAUUCAUGAUGACGAGUCCUGGGCAGAGCCAAGGAUGUAGUGUAACAUGUUUGUAAAAAACCGCAUGAUCCGGCGUAGGUCUACUUGAUACCCGUUCAUACUCUUAGCCAAUCUUCUUAUUUAAACCCUUUGCGUAUUGCAGUCUAUGAAUAGUGAGGUUUAUCUAUUAGACUUCAACACGGUCAUUUAAACAUUAUCACGGUAGAGGCAUCCAUUUCACAGAG